AGUGGCGAGACCAUGGCCGAGGCAGAACCGCUGCUGCUGAGGGUUGACCAAGCCGGACCGCGGUACAACGAGGCUUUGCAGACCGCGGUCGCUGCCUGCGCGGCCGACACGGCGGGCCAGACGUGCUACAUCUGCCUGGAAGGCGCCGCGGAUGAAGGUCUCGUGCGCGGGUGCUCGUGCCGCGGGGGGAACGGCUUCGUGCACGUGUCGUGCUUGGUACGAGCGGCCCAGGUCGCGGUCGAGCGUGGCGGUGGGCCAGGCUGGAGGCGGUGGGACACGUGCGGCCUGUGCGAGCAGGAAUACUACGGCGACGUGCUGUGCGCGCUCGGGUGGGCGUGCUGGAAGACGUACGUGGGUCGGCCGGAGACAGAUGAAAUUCGGGAGCUGGCGAUGAUGCAGCUCGGGAACGGUUUACACGCAACAGGGAACGACGAGGACGCGCGGUCCGUGCGAGAGGCCGAGUUGUCUAUGAUACGGCGCCUUGGCGCACCAGAGGACGACUUACUCGUCGCGCAGACCAAUCUUGCUUGCACGUAUCAAGAGCUCGGGCGGCUUGAAGAGGCCCUAAAUGCGUUUCGGGAUGUAUACUCCAGACGUUUGGAGCUCAAUGGCGAAGAACAUGUAGAGACUCUCCGAGCGGCCAACAACUACGCGAAUUCCCUUAAUAAACUACAGCACUUCGAAGAAGCCAAGUUGUUGCUGUGCAAAACGAUGCCCGUGGUGCGACGCGUUCUCGGUGAAAGUAAUGAACUCACGCUCAAGAUGAGGUGGCUUUCCGCAGAGGCGCUCUACAGAGACCCCAGCGCCACGCUCGACGAUCUCCGCGAGGCCGUGACGACGCUCGAGGAGAUAGAACGGACCGCGCGGCGCGUGCUCGGCGGCGCGCAUCCGCUCACAGCGGCGACUGAGGCCCGCCUGCAACUGGCGCGAGCCGUGCUCCGCGCCCGCGAAAGGGCAGCGCCGGGCGACGUGAGCUCCGUCUGCGAGGGGGUGGCCGCGAUGAUGACGCCAGGGGAUGCGUGA